GCUCAUCAGGACGACCUUGGAUCCAUGAGCCUCGACCUUGAGGGUUCCCUGACCCAGAGCCAGAGGAGGACGUGGCACGACCUGCUCCUGUCCCCUCCCGAGGUCACACAGCCACGCAGCAUCGCUACCAUGGUAACGGACGAUGUUUCCCGGGCAACCACUCCACCCAUCUCCUCCACUUUGGCAAUACCAGGUGGGGUUGAAACAGCUAUACCGGCAGCAACUUUGCAACCAGUGGUAUCAAGUGCUGUCACUCAGUCAACACUUGGCUAUUCAAGGGUCCCCCCAUCAACACAACAGCCUGGGAUCGCAUCUUUAGGAGCAGGGAAUGUGCCAAGUUUUGCUGCAGACGUAGGGAGAGGGGUGCUGGGCUAUAGCUCCGUUAGACAACCGGUACAACAAGCGACAACCACAACAAGCCAACCAACGACUACAGGCCUGUCUACCACUACAGCACCUGUGCCAUCGUCACAGCCAACCCUUUCAAUGGAGGGAACCAAGUAUAGCGAUCUUGCUCAGCGGCUGUCCCAGCUUAUCGACGACAAGCUGUCUUUGCCAUCAAGUUCUCGAUCCUCAGCCCCGCAACCGCUCGGAAGCGUGUUUUCCCCGCUGGCCAGCCAACCGAGGGCCAUGUCUCAGGCCAGAAUCGACCAAUCGAGAAGCUUGUUUUCCUCGUUGGCAACCCAGAGCUUCUUCCCGACCGUGGACGCUCUCUCGUCUUCCAGUGAGGGGUUGGAUGUCUCGGAUAUCGGAAACCCGAACUUCCCCCAUUACUCUGUCAAACCACUGUCCUUACAAGAGGCCAGUUUUGCCCCGCUUCAAAAGCUGGAGGAGAGUGGUGAGAUUAAGACAUCUGCAGGAGGAGGGGUGGAAGAUUAUAGCCAGGAGGAUAGAGGAAGGCAGUCUGAGGAUUCCUCCAGUGCUGUGUCGAUGGUGUCUACCGAGGGUAGUGAACAGGGAGGUCCACUACUCACACAGCGAAGUCUCAACUCUUUCAGUUCUGUCUCCGAUGACUUCCGGCCACUGAAACCCGCUCACGACCCCACCUUGGAGUCUCUUCCCGACCACACGCAAGUCGGAAAGCCGCCGAAGCUGCAACAAUUUCAGUCUCCUGGCAGCUUCGCGCCAUUAAAACCGUCAAGCGACGCGACCCUGGAUUCAACCCAUCUGAGCGACUUCUCCUCCAUCAGGGGGUCACCUGUCAAAGGGCAAAGGUUUCCCGGCUUGACCUCUUGGUCAAAGGGUAUAGGUCAGGGGUCAAACGUCAUGACCUCUUCACCCUUGAAGACCAUGCGGACGCCGGGAGGAGGUUCGGGUGGGUUUGUCUCCUCUCAGCAGCUCCGUGAUGAUGUUCAGGCGAUGAGGGAACGCCAUCGCAGGGAGAGGGAGAUCCUGCUGGAGGGCGCCCUGUCACAUCUGGAGAGGGAGGAUUUCGGCCCAGCUCUGCCAAAGGAGGAGAGAGGCAUACUAGAAGAGUCAGACCUCACACUGGUGGAGUCUACCCUGAUAGAAGGGCCAAUCGCUGACGAUAAGGAUGAAACACUACGCGAGGAGGGAAAAAAGAGGGAGGACAGUGGCUCAUCUUUGGUAGAGGGACGGUUAGCAGACACAGACACCCUGCAGGAGGAGGUAGAACACAGCGAUGACCAGAGUCCGUCUCUGAUGUCGUUUGAACAGCACGAGUGGUCUGUUAGUCUGGAGUCCAGUCUGAACAGUGGGGAGCAGGCAGAAGCAAGAGGAUCCACUCAGACAGGUCAGGUUCUCUCCAUCAGACUUCUUUGCUGCCUGAAAAGAAACUGUUAUUAAUGCAGUAGAAUACGUAUUAAUGAAAUUUUGGGUGAAAAUUGUUGAGGAUUAGUGGUUUUUGCAAAGAUUUUGUAUUCCUUAAAGUUUCCUUAAAGUUUGUUUUGCAAACACUUUCAUUUUUUGCUUGCAGCAAUGGCAAAUGUACAAACACACUCAAUACACCCACAACCUCCACACACAUGUACUCAAUACACACACAUACC